CAUAUACUGUGCUACGAUUAUAGUUUAUGGUAAGAUCUGGCAAUCUAGCAAUCCUUUCACGAAAUUUUCCGAAAGCCGCUCCGUCGGCACUCGUAUCGUUUCGUCGACGGUCGCGAACUUCCGAAUCACGUCUCGCAGAGAUCGCAUCAUUUAUCGAACAAUGGCUACGGUACUUGGACGUGUAAUUGUGUACGGGGGCAAGGGUGCCCUCGGCUCGGCUUGCGUAUCGCAAUUCAAAUCGCAGAAUUGGUGGGUUGGCUCUAUUGACAUGAAACCGAAUGACCAAGCUGAUGCAAAUAUAAUUGUGAAUCCCGACAAUAAUUGGCAGCAGCAGCAAACGGAGAUCAUGACACAGAUCAAGAAUACAUUGAAGGAAGAAAAGGUCGAUGGUAUUAUUUGCGUAGCGGGCGGUUGGGCCGGUGGCAAUGCGGCGUCUAAAGAUUUCGUGAAGAGCAGUGAUCUGAUGUGGAAACAGAGUGUUUGGAGUUCCGUUAUAGCAUCUAGCAUCGCGACGGAGUAUCUGAAGGAAGGCGGCUUCCUUUCCUUGACUGGUGCUAAGGCAGCGUUAGCGGAGACACCAGGUAUGAUAGGUUACGGCAUGGCAAAGGCAGCUGUUCAUCAAUUGACGAAAUCUCUGGCGGCUAAAGACAGUGGCCUUCCUGCCAACAGUUUGGUGGCAUCCAUAUUACCCGUUACCUUGGAUACGCCAAUGAACAGGAAGUGGAUGUCCAAAGCUGACACGAGCACAUGGACUCCGCUCGAGUUUGUGGCAAACCUGUUCUGGAAGUGGUCGCAGAAGCAGGAUCGACCCGUUAACGGUGCCCUCCUGCAACUCGUUACUAAGGACAAUAAGACGGAACUGAUCGCGGCUUAAAUAGUGCCAAACGAGUACGACUCGGCAACUCGACUUGGGAACAAAAAUCUCAAAGCAUUUAUGACAAUAUAAUGUGUAUCUUCCUUUUGUUGUUACCUAAAAAGUUGUUACCUAUGGGAGAAAAACUGAUAUAUGUUCAGAGGCAAGUCCUCUAAAAGGACCCUUAUUUUUCUAUCAAGAAUCAAUUUUCUUAUCCAAGUAUCCAGCGUGAUAUAUUUUUGUACGUUGUUUAAUUAUUUAAAAGAAGGAAAUAAUUCUUAUAUACAUAUAUAUUAAUCUGAUAUACAUGUCUAUGUUUUGUUAAUGAUGUUACAUAUAUAUAUACACAAUAUUAAAUAUUGCAAAGAAACAA